AUGGAAACACAUCAAACUGAGGGGAAGAGUAUACAAACAGUGGACAACAACAAAGUGAAUUUCAGCUACACUUCAGCUCAAGAUGCUGUACAUUUCUGCUAUGAAUCCAUAAAUAAUUCAUGCUACAAAGAAUCACGUCCUGCCUAUUUUCCACCUUUAUUAUAUGCCAUCACAUGGACAGUAAUCUUGAUGACUAUUUUUGGAAACCUCCUUGUCAUCAUUUCUAUUUCACAUUUCAAACAGCUUCACACACCAACAAAUUAUCUGAUCCUUUCUUUGGCUGUUACAGACUUAUUAAUGGGUGGUUUUGUAAUGCCACCUAUUAUGUCCCAAUUUAUUGACAGCUGCUGGUAUUAUGGAGAAUUUUUCUGCAAAUUUUAUCUUGGUACUGUCAUCAUGCUCUGCACAGCAUCAAUUAUUCAUCUUUCUGUAAUAUCUCUUGAUCGUUAUUAUGCAGUAUGUUUUCCCUUAAGUUACAAAGCUUUUGUUACUGUGUCAGUCACAGUUUAUUUCAUUUUAUCUAGCUGGAUUUUGUCCGCUUUGACUGGAUAUAUAAUUAUAUUUUUUGAAUUAAACAUUAAAGGUAUAGAACACAUAUACCGCAAUAGGUGCAUAGGAAAUUGUAUUCUAGUUCAAAAUGAAGCUUCCGGACUUGUUUCCUCUUUGCUGUCUUUUUAUAUUCCUGGAUUCAUUAUGAUAUGUAUUUAUGUUAAAAUUUUCAGAGUAGCAAAAAGACAAGCUAAAUCUAUUAAGGAUUUAUCUCAACAUAUUCAAACAAAUGAACAAAAGAAAGAUGCAGCUUUGCAAAGAAAAGAAACAAAAGCCGCUAAGACACUUGCCAUAGUUCUUGGAGUUUUUCUGUUUUGUUGGCUUCCAUUCUUUUUGUGCAACAUCAUUAAUCCAAUUUUAAACCACCCUGCUCCACCAGUUACGACAGACGUGCUUGCAUGUAUUGGUUAUAUGAACUCUACGUUUAAUCCACUUGUUUACGGGUUUUUUUAUAGCUGGUUUAGAAAAUGUUUGAAAAUAAUUGCAUUAGGAAAAAUCUUCAAAGCUGAUUCCUCCAGAACAAAAUUGUUUUCUGACUAA